AUGAAGGAUGAAGGCAGGCUGAGUAAUUGUGGUCUCACAGAUGAAGGUUGUGCUGCUUUGGCUUCAGCUCUGAGAUCAAACCCUGAACACCUGAGAGAUCUGAAUGUGUCCUGGAAUAAACUAGGAGAUUCAGUGACUCUUCUCUCUGCUGUACUGGAGGACCCUCGCUGUAAACUGGAGAAACUGUGGUUGAGUUAUUGUGGUCUCACAGAUGAAGGUUGUGCUGCUUUGGCUUCAGCUCUGAGAUCAAACCCUGAACACCUGAGAUAUCUAAAUCUGUCCUGGAAUAAACUAAGAGAUUCAGUGACUCUUCUCUCUGCUGUACUGGAGGAUCCUCACUGUAAACUAAAUAAGCUGGGGUUGGUUAAUUGUGGUCUCACAGAUGAAGGUUGUGCUGCUUUGGUUUCAGCUCUGAGAUCAAACCCUGAACACCUGAGAGUUUUGAAUCUGUCUAGUAAUAAAAUAAAAGAUUCUGGUGUCAUGCAGCUCUGUGCUGUACUGGAGGAUCCUCACUGUAAAAUACAAAAACUGUGGUAA